AAAUUCUACUGCUAGUGUCUACCGGUACACUGUACCAGGAAUGAAAAAUCCAUUGGUAAAUUUGUUAAUGCUCCUUGAUACAGAAUGUCUUUACCAGCGAAAGGGUUGGAGGUCUUCAAAUGGAGGAUGUGCCAUGCAUGUUUCAAAACCAUCAGGAGAUUGUCUAGUCAGAGUGAAAAGUCGACCAGGUUCUAUAGCAGCAUUACCCUGAUGUCACGGAGGAAGACGGGCAGUGGUGUUGUCACACCCGUCUUUAUCAAAGCUGAAGAUUUCAAAUGGAGGACUGCUCUCAUUGAUCAGAAUGGCUCACACACCUAUGGUGAAAUUCUCAAAAAGAGUUUGAGUUUAUCCGAGAGAUUGUUGACAUUAUGUGGACCUGUCAAGGAUAAGUUUGUGGGGCCUAGAAUUGCUUUUCUUUGUCCGAAUGACGUCUCGUAUGUUGUUAGCAAGUGGGCUACGUGGAUGAUGGGUGGGGUGGCAGUUCCAUUAUCGAAAUCCCAUCCAGUAUCCGAGCUUGAAUACUUUAUCCUAGAUUCUCGGUCCUCUGUUGUCAUAGCGACAGAAGAAUUUGAGGAGAAAAUUGGGCCACUUGCUGAAAAGUUAGCCAUCGAAAAGAUUAUUCUCGGAAAGUCAGAUUUUCUUCAGUUUGAUGAUGAUGUUCUGAGCGGUGAAUCCACAGUGGAAAACAGAGCAGAAAGUCUUGACAGUAUACCAUUGCAGAGCCGAUCAGGACGCUUGAAACAAAAUUCAAAAUUUGCGAGUUUUUUAUCGAUAAAUCAUUACAAGAGACAGGCAGCCAUGCUGAUUUAUACAAGUGGCACCACUGGUCGGCCAAAAGGUGUUGUCCAUACCCAUGGUAGCCUACACGCUCAGAUUGAAAUGAUGAGAAUCGCAUGGGCUUGGUCCAAGGCUGACACCAUCCUCCACGUGCUGCCCCUACAUCAUGUCCAUGGAAUAGUAAACUGCCUCAUGACUCCCAUGUCGUGUGGUGCUACUUGUGUCAUGCUUCCCAAGUUUGAUGCAAAACAGGUCUGGUCACAACUACUCGAUCCAGUGGGAGAGAAUGGUGCUAGAAUCAAUGUCUUCAUGGCUGUACCCACUGUCUAUGCCAAGUUGAUAGAGUAUUUUGAGAAAGAAAUGGGAGGCAAAUCACACUACUCCAAAGAAUAUGCCAAAUCCGCCUGCAUGUCAAGAGUGAGGUUGAUGGUGAGUGGGUCAGCUGCACUGCCUCAGCCAAUCAUGAAACAGUGGGAGGACAUCACAGGCCAUCGUCUGCUCGAGAGAUACGGAAUGACCGAGUUUGGGAUGGGUUUGACAAACUCGCUCAGUGGAGAGAGAGUACCAGGUGCUGUUGGAUUUCCAUUUCCCGGUGUGGAAGUUUUGAUAGCUGAACCAGACGUCUCUGCCGAGAAUGGUUAUAAUGUUGUUGCUCAGGGUUCUAGUCGGUCAACCAAAGUCACUCCAGGUAAAGAGGGUCAUAGCGGUGAACUGUAUGUUCGGGGACCAAAUGUCUUCUCAGAAUACUGGAACAAACCAAAGGAAACACAGGAAACCUUUACUCAGGAUGGCUGGUUUAAAACAGGUGACACAGCCUGCUUCGAAAAUGGUAUCUAUAAGAUUCUUGGGCGAACAUCCGUUGAUGUCAUUAAGAGUGGAGGAUAUAAAAUCAGUGCUCUCGACAUUGAACGCCAUCUAUUAUCCCACCCUGAUAUUACUGAUUGCGCAAUUGUAGGUCUUCCUGACAUGACUUGGGGACAGAAAGUUGCGGCGGUGGUGGUGCUGCAGCCUGGAUGUGUCCUGACACUCCAUGAACUGAAGGCCUGGGCCAAGGAUCUUCUUCCCCCUUACCAAAUCCCAACAACCCUGAAAUGUCUUGAUGUAAUGCCAAGGAAUGCAAUGGGAAAAGUGAACAAGAAGGAACUAGUCAAACAAGUAUUUCCAGAAGCCAACAGACGAAUGAUAUGAAUCUUAGUUUGGUUUACAUAGAGUUUACAUUAGCACUUGUAGUCGGGUUUACAUAGUCUACCACUUAGCAGUAUCACCAUCUGUAUGAACUGAUGAUUUUUGCAUAUGUCUGCAAUGGGUCGCACAAAACGAAAAAAUAGUGCUUAUGUCUUAUGGAUGCCCCCUAUGCAAUGCAUGACUCAAACUGCAUUUUCUGUGAUCUCAGAAAUAGCCUCAAUUUGAUAAUCUCAUCAAUUGAAUUUGUUUCAAUGUAGAUAUUGUACAGAAAUAUUAAAAAGAUUCGAUUAAGAA